AUGGCGCGCGCGCUCGGACGGGCGAUCGACGACGCGUGGACCGAUGGCGUCACCGCGCUCGCGUUCGGCGCGUCGUCGGUGCUCGCGACGAGCUGGGACGGCACGGCGCGGACGUACGAUGUGGACGAAUCGGCGACGUCGCGAGCGACGCGGGUGACGCUGCCGUCGCCGGUGAUGUGCGGGACGUUCGUCGGCGCGGACGACGGCGCGCACGUCGUGGGGACGCUGGAUGGGGGAGUGACGUUGAUCGAUGGGAAAACCGGGGACGCGCGACGCGUCGGCGCGCACGACGGGGCGGUGACGAGCGCGGCGUACGACGACGCGGCGCGCGUGUUGGUGACGUGCGGGUGGGAUAGGAAGAUAAAGUGUUGGGAUCUGACGAAGGAUGCGAAUGGGCGGUGCGUGAGCGAGACGGAGACGGUGGGGAAGUGUUACGCGGGGGACUUGAGGCACGGGCGAUUGGUCGCGGCGACGAGCGACGGGCAGAUUUUGGCGUACGACGUGAAGGAUUUACUCCGAGGCGGGCGCCCGAUGGUGAACCGGCGAUCGAGCGUGCGGUUUCAGACGCGCGCGAUCGCGUGCGACGCGAGCGCGUCGUGGUUUGUGAACGCCACCGUGGAGGGACGCGUGGCGGUUGAACGCGUGGACGACGAAGAGAAUGAAAAGUCUCGGUUCGCCUUCAAGUGUCACCGAUUGAAAAAUGAAGACGGGAGCGCGGGUGAAGUGAUUUAUCCCGUGCACGCGCUUUCGUUUCACCCACUGGGCACGUUCGCCACGGGUGGUGGGGAUGGGUACGUGAAUUACUGGGACGCCGACGCGCGAAAGCGGCUCUUCUCCACUCCGAGGUACCCGACAUCCGUGAGCGCGCUCGCGUUCUCGCCGUGCGGCACCAUGCUCGCCGUGGCGAGCUCGUUCGCGCACGAAGAGCGCGAAAACGCCACCCCGAUCGAUCGCGUCUACAUUCGAGAGGUCAACGCCGAGGAAGUGACGCCGAGAAAGCCGGCUCGAUGA